UUUGAGGGGAACCCCCCCCACCCCGUUUCUUUCAUAACUGUAAUUCAGAAAACCUGACAGACCCUUGCCAUUAGGCAACUAAGUUAAUAAUUGACAAAGACGAAUAGCUGGCCUUAAUGAAUGAUUCCACACCAACAUUGUCAGUGGGUGUAACAUACUCAGCUCCUCUCAGACAUUUCUGGAAAGAGGAAUGGAAUCACUCCAAAUUUGGCAACCUAGUAAUCACAGUGACUUCAGCUGCCCCAUCUGUCUCCAGACAGCUACUCUCCCAGUACAAACCAACUGUGGACAUGUAUUCUGUGGUUCCUGUCUGAUCACAUACUGGAAACAUAGUCCCUGGUUAGCAGCAGUAACCUGCCCUCUCUGCAGACAAAAGGUGGUUCUUCUGGAUAACAUCUCUUGUGAAAAGCAACAAGAUAAGCCAAGUAAACAAACUGUACAUGACAUUAGAGAUUACAACAAGCGUUUCUCGGGGCAACCUCGACACUUUGCAGAUUACCUUUACGACAUGCUGUUAUUCCUGACUCUUGCCUUGCGAGGAAUCUUCACCUGGGGUGGUCUUGUAUGGAUUUUUUUCCUAAGAGUUGCUGUUUGCUCCUUCGGAACAAUCAUAUGCUUGUCUUCUCCAUUUGACAUGAAGCCUGGGCCUCUCUGUAGGACACUUGGAACAGCUGAUGACAUGGUGGUUGUUUCCCUUCUUCUAAUUUGCAUGAUAAACACUUGUCAGCAAAUUGCAUCUAAUGGGGUAAAUAUGGCAAGGUCUGCAGCUCAGAGCAUGCUGUCAGAGUCCUGACUGACUCAAACUUGGAUUCCUUGGUCAAACUUCAUCAAGCGAUGACAGGCCUCUCUUUGAUUUGGGGCAGCGUAUGAUGGAUUUGUCAUUCUGCUGCUGACAAAGGCUGAAGCAGGACUCAGCAAUACUUGGCACGGCCAAGUGAUUCGAUGUGCCGGCGCUUAGAAGGCUACUUUUACACUGUAUACUUGCUAGACUCUUUCAUGCUGCAUUUUUCUGUAACUUAUCUUCAUACAAAGUGCCUGAAUUGAAAAUGCCUAAAGCUAUAAACAGAGCUUAAAAUUACAAUGCCAAUCAACUGGCAGUUGAAGAGUUUUAGAACUCCUGAGCUUUAACAUUUUACAUCUUGGCUCAAUUUGAAUAAAAUCUUAAUUUGAGAACUUAGCAAACUGUACAAUUUGCUAAGUCUUGUAUAACACAAGGAAUGUUAGAUAGUAUCACUACAAAAUCUUGUAUCAGUGCUUUGUGUUACCACAGCUGAUUACACAUCCACUGGAAUACAGAUUUUUUUUACAGCUCUGCAAUGAGUACAGUCCUGAUUUUAAAGUGGAUAAUAUGAAACUGGUAGUAACACCGGCUUGGAACAAAAAUGCAACUGUAAAGUAGAAGUAUUACAAGAGGAGAAAAGCAUUAAAAAAUCAUGCAAGAAACGUGAACAAAUAUCUGUGUAAUUCCUUUGUAUAAGCCUAUGCAAGGUACAUAGCUCCCUUGAAAUCUGUGCAUCUAAGCUUUAACAAAGUCAGCACGACUGUUUAUUUCCUUUCUAGACUUCAUACUCUCCUUGUGAUUUCCUUGUAAGUCUCGGUACCAGUUCAGCCAGAGAGAGCAAGGCCAAUUUUAUGGUGACGAUAUAAAUAGCAGGAAGUUUAUGGAAAGUUUGCCAAAGUUGUGGGGGGGGGGGCAGUUCAUGUCUGUUUGUGUUGAGCUGCAAAGAGUUAAAAAUGAUGGUACAGUGCCAGACAACCCUACAUCUGUCCCUCUAUAAUCUGUAUAUUUGCUAUGUAUUUGGAGUCAAUGGACUUCAUUUUUACAUAUGAAUUGUAUAUUAAAAUAGAUAUAUUAAAAGUUAUGAAUAUUUAUUGCUCACAA